UACGAACCAAAUCAAGGUUAGCGUGGCUACAAUUUUUAACCAAUCGUAUUUUAAAUUUUUUACUCUUUUAAGGCUGAAGAAGUUAUAUAAAACUGCAGUGAGCCAUCAAAAUGGCAGAACAAGAUGACUCAAUGGAGGAUAAACAAGAGAAUUUUGAAGAGAAUGAAAAUGAACAAGAGAAUGAACAGGAUUUGGAAAAUGGAAAUGAAGAAGGUCAAAGUGAUGAUGCUGUGGACACAACAGCUGACUUUUUAAAGAUUUUUCAAGGAAAAACAGAAUUUGACAGUUGGGAAGAAUUUUCAAAUUUAUUUGAGGACUUCCAGAAAGAGACUGGUUCAGCUUUUAAACCUAAGUCAGCCACAAGUAUUGAGUAUGCUAAUGAAAGGCGCGUUAAAGACAAAAUAGCAGAUCGAUUUGUCUACCAGACAGUAAAGAUGGUUUGCCAACACUAUGGAGUUCCUGUCAAGCGAGAGAGUAGUGCAAGAAAAGUAAAAAAAUAUGUUGGCUUAGGUUGUGAAGCAAUGGUACACUUGAGAUAUAAAGGUGGCAGUUUGAACAUUGUGAGUUGUAACUUGGAACACAAAAAUCACAAACUGUUUUCGGGCAGUGAAAUUCUCAGCAGGAGUGUGAGAUCAUUUUCUUUUACUGAUGAUAUUGAUUUUCUUAUGGCUAAAGUUGUUAUGGAGCAUAACCCAUUUUCCACUUGGAAUUCGGAAAAAGAAUGGCUUGCUUUAGUAGAUGACCUGCAAAGUAGAGAUCCACGUAUGAAAACUGUUACAAUACGAGUGGUGAAAAAGAGAAUAAGAUUUUUAAUUGACAGAUACAUGGCCAAUAGCAAUGGGAAAGCGCCCUUACCGGAUGAUGAAAUGGGUAUUAUAUUGUAUGAAUUAGCUAAAGCUAAACAAGAUGCAAUGGAUAAUGUUCCCAAACAGCCAGCAAAAAAGAGGGGACCAGGACGGCCAAGAAAAAGAGAAAGGGAAGAAACUGAAGAUGAAGAUGAUGAUAUUGAUGAGUCACAUCUGGAUUUUGAUGAUUCUUCAAAUUUUUCACCAGGUAGAGGGGGAACCUCACCAAAAAAGGCUAGAACAACCUUUAAGCGAACAACUGCAUCAUCAAGCACAGAAACAUCUUCAGCUUUCCUACGCUAUCUGGAGCGAAAAGAUGAGUAUGAUAGGAAACUUCGGCAAAGUGAUUUAGACUUACGGCGUGAAGAGCUUGAGCUUCACAAAAAAGAACUGGAAAUCCAAAGAGAAAGGUUUGAAUUUGAUAGGAUUGAACGCCAAGCACAUCUUGAACUGCUCAAAGCACAGCUAGAUGCAUUUACAGGCCACAAGGCUAAAAUAGUUAUUCCAGAUGGUAAAGUUGAUGGCAGUGCAGUAACAGAGUAUACGAUUGUUGUUAACAAUGACCAAGCAUUUGCCACACAAUGACUAUAAUCUUGAUAUUGAGAUGGUUUAUUCCUGUUGCUGCACGGCAGUCUAGUCCUUUUUAGUUGAUGAUGUUCUUUACUUAAUAAAGAAUUCAGCAAUGCUGAUUUGGUCAAGAGAGUCAACUUGAUCUUAUUUUGUAGGAAAUUAAUUUUGAUAUGGUUAUAAACGGUUUUCAAAAUAUACUUGGCCAUUUAUGAAGUUAAUGUAAGACAAAUAAAUAUUCCAUUUAUUCUUAGUUUUUUAAAAAUCCAGCGUUUUGUAGGCGUAAUUAUAAGGUGAACAGUAAGUGCCUAAAAUCUGGAGUAUUGAACAUAUUUCAAAAUAGAAUUUAAAAACAAGUUUGGCCAUAGUCUUUUAGUGAUUUUGUUCAAUGUGAAAACUUUUUUACUGUACAAAACUAUUUUUAGUCAUGGUUUCAGUGUAUGUAUAGAAGAGGUGAACUUGUACAAUAAUUUCACAAUCUCACUUUGGAAGUUAUACAUGUUAAAGCAGCUGCCGUUUGUUGUGUUUAAUCGCAGGAAGUUUUGAAACUAUGAGUUCCACAAUGUUCUACUAAAAUGGCUUUUAUUUUAAAAAGCCUGAUAAGUAGGUUGAUCAAUCUGUAACCUGUUGCACAAUGUGUUUCAUUCAUCAUUUUUCUUGUCUGUGGUUCUUAUAUUUCUCUUAGAAGCAGUUCAACAGUUUUGUUUUUGUUUGUCAAGGUGAAGUUAAUACUUAUACACUGUUAUCUAGAUCUCUGACAGAUGCUGUUUUUUAGAUUAUAAUCACACCAGAUUUGGUAGAAAGUGCAAUUCAUUUUUUCCUUGCCAAAAGGUUUUAUUUUUGUGAAAGUCAGGGAACGAAUACACACAAUACACAUAAAUCACCUUGUAUAUAUUAAGAACUUUUUGUGUAGUAUUUUCUGUUAGAGCCAUGUUCAUAUUCUGAAGCAUAUUUUGUUAUAUCUAGAAACAAACAUCUUUAAAAAUGGAGUUUUUCUACAUUGUCAUGAUAUACCCUAUUUGCUGUAAAUAUGUCUAAAAGAAUUUCUGGUUUUUACCUUGACCAGCUCCAACAAGUCUGGUCAGUUGGUCACCAGCUCUACACUUCAUUAACCCCAAGGCCUCAUAAGAUUGUUACAUUAGUUUCGGCUGAUCAUCUUUAACUAAUUUGAUGAUAUGUUUUGACCUGUUUCAUUGUUUGUUUUUUGUAAAUAAAAAUAUAACAUUUUAAAUUUUGGAUUUCAUUCUUCAUUCUUAAAUUUAAUGUUGGAACCCAUCUCUAACACAAUUAAGUAUACAUGUCAACUGGUUAUGCGCCAUUUAGGCAGUUGACUCAUAUUUCAGUCUGCUUUUCUUUUUGGCAGCAGUUGUUUGAUUUUGGAGUUGUCUCUCUUAGCUGAGUUGCUGUCCCCUGGUACCAAGCCUCAUCUGCCUGAGGGUUUAGCAAUCAUGAGCUUUACCAACUCAACCACUUUGGAUUCUUUAACAAUAUCUUUGAUGAAACUGUAUAUAGU